AUGGCCUCGGUACUGCAGGGGGUGGGGGCCGCCCUAGGGUGGAGGGCUCACCGGGUGCUGGAAGAGACUGAUGAGAAUGACAGCCCGCCGCCCACCCGCUCCCGGUGGAAACCCAGGGCCAGCGGCCUGAGCGCCCUGCGCAGGAGUCUCCGUACCCGGGAGGCACUACGGCAGGUGGACGUCAACUUCGGGGAGACCACAGCCUGGGAGCGUCUGGAAACCCCGGAGAAGGGGAGGCAGAGCCUACAAUCUGUCUGCCGCACAGCCCAGAAUGCCCUUGGGGCAGUGGCUCAGAGGUUACAGAAGUCCCAGAGGCCUCAUGGCCACCACCUGAUGGUCUCCCCUGGGAAGAGAAGCCCCACCCCCCGCACACCUCGCCGGCGGGGCCCCCGGCCGGCCUCUGCCGCUGCCACCCCGCCAAGGUCCGGGCCCCGCCGGUGCCCCCCUCGGCCCAGAGGAGUGGAGUGGAGAUGUUUGUCCACCUGGCUCGGGAAGGACGGGGGCACGCUGCCCCUCAGGAGGUCUCAAAGAGCCGCUGCCCUCAGCAGUCCCUACUCCUCCCCGGCCCCCCUGCUUGGCCACCAGCAGACAGGGUCCCGCCUGGCCUCCAGAGAAUUCAACAGAGACCUGGAGUCCGUCUCCAGAGGGAUCCGGGAUCUCCAGUAUCUCUCCCAGGAAUUUGAUGAUGCCAUUGCCAGAGAAGAAAGGAAACAAGCGAUCACAAACUACCAUCUCCUAAUGUCCCGGAACCUGCAGGCUGCUCGCAAGUCCAAGAAACUCUUUCAAUCAUCCCUGAAGAAGCUGCGGCUGAACUGACACGGCUCUAACCAGGAUAAUUAACGUGUGAACGGAGGGAGGGAAAACUUCAGGGGUCAGAGGACAAACAAGCUGUCAGGUGGUUCUGCUCUUCCUUUCAGUCCCCCCCUCACAUCAGCUUCUGGGGGACGACCUUCCCUCUCCCUCCACGAAUCUCCACUCCCCCAGCCCUAUUGAAAAAUCAUGAGGCAGCAGGGCUAGGCUUCCUCUGCUCGACGGAGUUUUGCCUUCAAGUUUCCUCAUGCUUCCUUUUAACUUUGUCACUCUAGCACGUACAGACCCUACUCCUGAGACUUGGAUGCGAGUCUCAGCCAAAACAGAAUUCACACUAACCUCUUUACACUAAAACACCCUGGGCCCCAAGCGCCCCAUCAACACUGCUGCUUAAACAAGCAGAGGUGCAAUAAGCCCACUGGCAGUUAGCUGGUGAUGGCGUUGAUGCGCCUCAAUGUACUCUGCCUGCUGCACUGUUUAUCCAAAAAACAAGCUAUACUCUUCCAAUAUCGUCCUUUUCGAAGAACGGAAAGUGUCAGAGUAAGCAACCUAAGUGCUUUUUAUACACAUGUUGCCUUUUCUCUUAGGUCAUUGUGACAAAGAAUUAGUCUGAAUAGUCCUUGGGAGCUCAGGAAUAAGCUAAAAUCAUAUAUAUGCCUCUAUAGAUAUAUAUGUAUAUAUAUAUUCUACAUAUUUAAAGUUGAGACUGUUUACCUGUUGACAACUCUGGUCUGAGUGGAUUUUAUUCCCCCUUGUUGGGGUCGGAUUUACACUAAAUAAGGGCUUGUGUUCUGAAACAAGCUUUUCUCUGGGUUUAAGGUGGUGCCCUGUUUUAACAAAAAAAUGAAACAAACCACCUCGUUUUUGAAAUCCACCAGUAAUUGAUUUUAUAUAGAAAUACUUGUUACCAGUU